AUGUCAUCGACAGACAUGAAUGGCGACAACGCAGCUGGGCUGGGUGGGGGUGACAACGGAAGCCACACGACCCUUCAGGAGCAGAUCUCCUGUCUCAGCCUGCACACACCUGCCGGUACGAUCCUAGCGCAGCUUGGCAAGACCGAUGCCGACUACUCGAGCCUGCUACCUCAACCUUCUUUACCGCCAGAGGUGCUGGAGCGUGUGGUGCGCCACCUCCAGCAAGGCGUCGUGAUUGGCGAUCCUAUCGCACACAGGACGCUGAUUCGCAUCAGCGGUGUCAGCCGAUUGAUGCGCCAUUGGGCGUUCGAGGCGCUGUAUUCGGUCAUCAUCCUGCCUCGACACGUACGCGAGUUCCGCAAGUGGUACUCGCGGUCGGUCAAAGCCCAGCCAGCAUCUCAGUUUGCCGGCUACACCCAGGCGCUCUUCUCUUCCCUCGACGACGUUUCAGCUCUGACGUCGUUCUCAGCAGGAUGGGACCACGAGCUACUUCGACUGCUCCACUACUGUGGACCGACACUGACGCAUCUGUCCCUCUGGCGCGCAGAGUCCAUGGCACUUCUGCGAGAUCCUGGUCAAGUCAGGGAAGGAUACCGCUUCGGCACAUCUCAACCUGUCCAGAUGUGGGGAGAGAUGGGCGACGCAGACGUCGACGCCGGAGACGAGACGAUCGAUGAUGCAAACGACGCAGCUCACCCGGCUCCGCCCGAAGCUGCCCACGCAGACGACCUCUUCAGCAAAGAGGAGCUCGACGACAUGCCAGGAUGGCUCAAAGCAGAGAUUCGACUGCAAGGCACUCGUGCCGUCACCAUCCGGCACAAGGCGCAUUUGACGCCGACGAGACGCAUCACAAGACGCCAGCAGGGCUGUCAACCCACUCAUCUCAGCAUCAUGAUGAGCUUGCCUCUGCUCGAGCAUGAGGAUCUCAAGGUGUUUCCUCGAAUGCUCAUCUGGCAUCGCGUACAGGAGCUCGAUGUUCAUAUCUCGACACCUGGACAUACGCCAAAGAUCUUGCGCCUGCUCGCGAGCUUGCGCGACUCGCCCAUACGUCGGCUCCGAAUCUCGACAACGUUUGCAUCGCUGUGCAUGAUGACGCCGCCCUUUCCUCCGUCCAAACGGCAACGAGAAGCGGGAGCUCACGGAGAGAAUGGCAAUGUCGGCUACCAGCAUUCAGCUUCGUACUCAUACGACCCGGCGACGAGAAGCGCAUUCCUGACUACUCUCAAUCUUUGCGAUGCGCUGGCUAGCAUACUGCAAGACGAGGCGCUGCGCAGAGUCAUUGUGGAUGAUUUACAGGGCAAGCCUCUCGCAGCUGUGCCCAACAUCGAGCAGAUGCUCAUUCGCAGAUGCCUUGAAGGCCCUGGCCGGAAGUCGAACGGGGUUGGCGUCUGUCCCGCGGAAUCAACACGAGACGUGCCUGAUCAAAGACUCGAAGCAAGCUUGGAGAUGGCCAGAGAUGCCCAGCGUCAAGCUGAUUUGGGCGCCAACUUUCGACUCACAAUCACACGUGGCAAUCAGGCCAUGUGGGCCAAACUCAAGGAUCGACUGUGGGACUUUCGACAGAGGGUGGAAGGGAUCAGUGAAGGUUCCUGGGAGCUCCUUUCGUAA